UAUGCAAAAGGCUUUCAAAAGAAGGGAUAAUUCAUUUUUAGUGCACAGCCCAUCAUCAUUUUCUUAUCUUACCGCGUCAUAACCCAUUCACAUUCUUCCCCCGUUCGUUGUUAUUGUUCGACGACUUUCUCAGGUCUGCGUUCAUCAGUCUCAGGUGUAGUUGACCACAAACACAAUGUCCUCUUUCAGGGACUGUUUUGAUCAAUACAAAUAUAAACUUGAUAUCAUUAAUACUGCCACCAACAACUUCGCUGAUAACAACUAUAUCGCAGAAGGUGGAUUUGGGAAAGUAUAUAGGGGAGAAUUCCUUGACUCUAAGCGUCUUACCAUAGGUGCCGUAAAGCGCUUGGAUCGUUCCAAAGAGCAAGCAGAUAUUUCAUUUUGGAGAGAGAUCAUGUUGCUUACCAGUCAUAAACAUGAAAAUAUAAUCUCACUCCUUGGAUUUUGUAAUGAGGGUGAAGAAAGGAUCAUUGUGUAUGAAUAUGCAUCAAACAAAAGCCUUGAUUUUCAUCUAGAUAAAUCUAACCUCACUUGGAUUAAACGUCUAAAGAUAUGUCUUGGGGCUGCACGUGGCUUGGCGUGCCUUCAUGAUCCCAAGGGGACCCAACAAAGAGUCCUGCACCGGGAUAUUAAAAGCGCCAAUAUCUUGUUGGACGAAAAUUGGAAUGCCAAAAUUGCUGAUUUUGGCUUGUCAAAACAUGGCCCUGCCAACCAACAAUACACGUUUGUUUUCUCCAAUCCUGUGGGCACUCUUGGCUAUUGUGAUCCAAACUAUAUAGAGAAGAAUGAACUAACGAAAGAAUCAGACGUCUACUCAUUUGGCGUCGUACUGUUUGAAGUUUUGUGCUCAAGGCCUUGUGUUGAUUUAAGUUGUAAGGAUGUGCGAAAAAAUCUCGCGGAGUUGGUAAAAAGCUAUCAUGAAAACAAUAUAGAUGAGAUUAUUGAUUUUAAGCUAAAGCAACAAAUGGAACAGAAUUCGCGUGAUACGUUUGUAAAACUAGCAUAUCAAUGUUUGGAAAAGGACUCAUCACGACGCCCACCAAUGGCUUUGGUCGUGAAAAUGCUUGCAAGUGCUCUCAAACAUCAAGAGGAUUUCGAGGCUAAAGGUCAAGAAACAAAGAGGAGAAACAUAGUUUUACGGAACAUAAUAUUAAAAGAAUUGCAUAAUCCUCUUUUGGAUUUUCAAAAAGUCUGUCCACCGGGAGGAAGUGAUUCGCUUAUUCUGUACACAACAAGGGACAACACCAACCAACAAUCAUUCAAAGAUUGCCUUCGCAUUCGAUUUUUACUCAAAGAUUUUAAUAUUUUAUACCAAGAAAGAGAUGUAUCGAUACACUGGGAUUACAAAGAAGAACUAUGGCGGAUGUUAGGCAGACAAGUCGCACUCCCAAUACUCUUUAUAAAGGGUAGGUACAUUGGUGGAGCAGAGGAAGUUUUACAGUUGCAUGAGCAAGGUAAAUUCCAGCCACUGCUGGCUGAGAUACCAAGCAGUAGCUAGAUGAUGGAUUUCCGGUGGCAGAUAUGAUAUAUUGAGAUGUACAAUAUGCAAUGUGUCUUACAUGCUAAGAUCCUUGUUAGUUGUAAGCUAUUGAUACAACUAUUAUCAAAUAUAAGAACAAAUUAAAACACAUUUUACAAAGCA